AUGUUUGGUGGCCGCUACGAUCCGCUGGCGCUGACUCCAGCUGCCAAGACCAAUAUCCUAGAUCGGUUCCGCAAACGACAACGAGAACCCGAAAGCGAUUCCGAAAGCGAAGACAAUAACGACAAUAACGAGGAGAAUAACGACGAUAAGGAAGACUCUAGCAGCAGUGACGAUGACGCCAUGGAUGUCGAUGAAGACGAAGUUGAAGUGAAAGCUAAGGAUCCAAUUGAAGAGACAAAGGAUGCCUCGUCAUCUGAGGCUACUUCCAGUUCCAGCUCGGAAAGCUCGGAAUCUGAAAGCUCGGAAUCUGAAUCCGACCUGGACUCAGAAGCCACUACCCAUACCGACUCCAUUGACAUACCGUUGAAACAUCAACAUAUCCUCAACAAGUUCCACCAAGCAGCUGCGCAGUCCACUCAAGAAGCUGAUGAAAUCGAAGAAGACGAACCUGAGCCUGAGGUGGAAUUGGCCCCGCUUGAGCCGAUGCCUCAACCAGCACUCCCACGAGAUAAAAAGCUCCACACGGUGAAACUUCAAGCCAAUUUAGAUUGGCUUACACAAGCCCAUUACGUUGAUCCUAGCCGCACCGUCGCUUUUGAAGAUUUGGGAGUAAGUGAAAACACCACCAAGAACUUGGCCAAGAUGGGAUUCACCGAAGCAUUUAGUGUCCAGGUCGCUGUACUUGAACAUUUCGCUUCAUUGAAACUGGUGGUGCCGCGGCCUGACGUUAAGGGAGACCUCUUAGUAAAUGCUGCUACUGGUAGUGGGAAGACAUUGGCGUAUACUGUACCUAUUGUCGAGCUGCUACAGUCACGAGUGGUACCGAGGGUGAGAGCAGUGGUGAUUGUGCCUACUAAACCGUUGAUCAACCAGGUGGUGCUGACGUUUACCGCAGUGGCUAAAGGUACCUCAUUAUCAGUGUUGGCCCUUAAGACUGAGAGAUCUCUCAAAGAGGAAGCGACUAAGAUCACGACCAACUGUCCCGAUAUCAUCGUGCUGACUCCCGGUCGGUUGGUGGAACACCUCCAGCUGAAAGUGCUUGAUCUUCUGACGGUACAAUAUCUUGUCAUUGACGAAGCCGAUCGUUUACUUAACCAAUCGUUCCAGAACUGGGCCCACGUCGUCACCGAGUCCGUUACCACCACUUCUAACGUCGCUCGUUCAUUUACUCAUAUCCCCGUGGUGAAAAUGGUGUUCUCGGCCACGUUGACUUCCGACGCCGGGAAACUCGCGGUGCUCAACUUCCAGAAACCCCACUUACUCGUGGUCAACGACGCCCAGGAGCUUGUCAACGAGAUGUUCAGCGUCCCCGCCACCUUGACCGAGCAGUGGCUCCACCUCGGGCUGGCGAAACUGGCGUUCAAGCCGUGGGUGCUUGCGAAAUACCUUAUCGCCACAAACGCCACCCAAAACACCUUGGUGUUCUGCAAGAGCAACGACGCCUCGUUGCGGCUUGCCAAGCUUUUGGCGAUGGUGCUUGCCACGAUGGGAUCGACCACUGCCGUCGGCUACAUCAACCUGACGAAUAAUAAGGCCCAGCAACGUAAGCAGGUGUUGGAUGGGUUCUCUGCAGGCACCACCGGCAUCCUUGUGACCACAGACUUGUUUGCUCGAGGGAUCGACAUCUUGAGCAUCAGAACCGUCGUCAACUACGACCUCCCUAACAGUUCUCGCGAGUACGUCCACCGCGUGGGGAGAACGGCGAGAGCUGGCCAAGCGGGUACUGCUCUCCUGAUGACGUUUGGCAAGGGGGAGCAGAAGUGGUUCAAGAGUUUAAUGAGCGACAUUUCUCGUAAGCAGCCUGUGGCCGACGAUGUUGAGGUGCCCCUGAUGACGUCUGAAGACACCAACGUUUACGAAGCGACGGUGGAGCAGUUCAAGCGCCUCGUUCGCGGCCAGGAAAAGGACUAG